GUCCCAUGCUGUCACCAGGAAAACCAUUUUAGAAAACUAGCUGGUUAUCGCUCGGAUAAACAGAAAAGCUUGAGGGCGGCACUUCGUAUCUAGGGCGACGUGAGGUGCAAAGGGGCGCAAGCUUUCUGGCAGUGGAUAGCGGUGCGAGAGCCUCAAAAUACGCCGCUUGCUAACGACACACAGGACACCGACCUCGCUAGCGCGUUCGUAGUUACUAGCUUCACGGGCAACGUAAGAGAGAGCAGCUUGUUGCUGCCUCAGCCAGGAGGCGCCGCAGCGAUGACAGAACUGCGGCACCGCGGGACGACCGAGAGCGACUUGCACUCCGAGGACAAGAGAUCAGACCGAGAGAGCAGGGCAGAUGGAGAAGUUCCCUCUGACAGUGAGACCAAGUUGGAUUCGGGUGUUCCCGAUGUUCCUGUCCCACCAGAUGAUACCCCAGAGGUUCUCAAUAAAGCUCUGUCUGGACUAUCGUCACGUUGGAAAAACUGGUGGGUCCGGGGAAUCCUCACUCUUGCCAUGAUCUUUUUUUUCUUCAUCAUCAUCUACCUGGGUCCCAUGGUGCUCAUGAUGAUUGUGUUGUGCGUACAGAUCAAGUGCUUUCAUGAAAUCAUCACCAUCGGCUAUAGUGUCUACCACUCAUAUCACCUGCCCUGGUUCAGAACGCUGAGCUGGUAUUUCCUCCUUUGUGUCAACUACUUUUUCUAUGGAGAGACAGUGACUGAUUACUUCUUCACUUUGGUCCAGAGGGAGGAGCCGCUACGAAUACUCAGCAAGUACCAUCGCUUCAUAUCCUUCGCCCUUUACCUCACAGGGUUCUGCAUGUUUGUGCUGAGCCUGGUGAAGAAACACUACCGGUUGCAGUUCUACAUGUUUGGCUGGACCCAUGUGACACUGCUGAUCAUUGUGACACAGUCUCACCUCAUCAUUCACAAUCUGUUUGAGGGGAUGAUUUGGUUCAUUGUCCCCAUCUCCUGUGUCAUCUGCAAUGACAUCAUGGCCUAUAUGUUCGGCUUCUUCUUUGGCCGCACCCCUCUCAUUAAGCUCUCUCCAAAGAAGACCUGGGAAGGCUUUAUAGGAGGAUUCUUUGCAACUGUAGUCUUUGGAAUAUUGCUCUCCUAUGUAAUGGCGGGGUACCGAUGCUUUGUUUGUCCGGUGGAGUUCAACAGCGACUCCAACAGCUUCACCGUGGACUGCGAGCCAUCAGAGCUCUUCCAGCUGCAGGACUACAGCCUGCCAGCAGCCCUGGAGUCCCUCACUGGCUGGGCCACAGUUCGUAUGUACCCCUUCCAAAUCCACAGCAUUGCUCUCUCUGCCUUCGCCUCCAUUGUGGGUCCUUUUGGCGGAUUCUUUGCCAGUGGCUUCAAGAGGGCUUUUAAGAUCAAGGACUUUGCCAACACAAUUCCAGGGCAUGGUGGUAUCAUGGAUCGCUUUGACUGCCAGUACCUCAUGGCCACGUUUGUCAAUGUCUACAUUGCCAGCUUCAUCAGGGGUCCGAACCCCACCAAAGUGAUCCAGCAGCUAAUGGCUCUGAGACUGGACCAGCAGCUCCAUAUUUUUAACUCCCUCAAGGCACACCUGACCGAAAAGGGCCUGCUCCCGGCCAACGAGGAGGUAGCGUAGGCUUCUCCACCAAACAGGUGCAGGACGGAAGCCAACAUGGAGCAUGUUUGUUUUGGAACAGGGAGGAAAAAAAUGGUGCUUGUCUGAGCAGGAUCCAGAACAAAUUUAACUGUAGCCUUGGCUCAUUCCAUCUUGUGCAUCACACAUGUAAGCAUAUAUACAGUAUAUAUAUAUGUCGUCUGUAACUGCGUUUGUGAGUUACUUCUACUGCAUUUCAUGUCAGCCGUAUUGUUUACAGACAGUGAUGACACUUAACAGUUUCACAGUUAUUGUGCUGUCAGUUAUUUAUAGUACCAAGAAUAGACAACAAUAUGUGUGAAUAUUUUAUGGUACUCUUUCCAUUUUAAUGCACUGUGUAACAUAUUUACACUGUA